AUGUCCGGUGUACUGAAGGCGCUGCUGAAGCGCGAGAAGCAGCUGCAUCAUUUUACUGAGUUAAUUGACCGCUUUCUCCACAACUUUGAUGAAGAGCGUGAUUCCCGACAGCUUAGUAUUCAUCUCCAGAAGCUGGAUGAGGUUGCGAAGGAAUUUUACGAUGUGCGCGGAAAAAUUGAGGUACUACAAGAAGACGAAGAACUGAAGGAAGUUGCUGGAAAAGAUCCCACGGUGAAAGAAGAGGCAGUGCAGGCUCGCGAAGAUAGCAAUUUCCAGGUGAUGCAUCAGUUUUAUGAUAGGUUUUGCAAUCUUAAGGCGGAAUUGAUAGAGCUUCAAGCGGGGACGGCCCAUUUGUUAUCAGGUUCCGAUAACCACCAAGCAGCAGGACCGGUCUCACGAGUUAAGCUACCUGACAUUCGGCUGCCUUCGUUCAGUGGAAAAAUUCGCGAGUGGGUGACGUUCAGAGACACUUUUCGCAGUCUUAUCGACAACAACAACCAACUGACCGAUGUAGACAAAUUUACGUAUCUCCGAUCUUCGCUGUCUGGUGACGCAUUGCAGGAGGUCAGUUCAUUGGAGCUUUCGGCAGACAAUUACAGCGUCGCGUGGAAGGCACUGGUGAGGCGCUACGAGAACAAGAAGCUGAUAGUGAAGGCUCAUUUAGACGCACUAUUUUCACUGGAGACUCUGAAGAAGGAGAGUUACGACGGAAUUAAUCAGCUCAUUGGGGAGUUUGACAAAAAUCUGCAGAUGCUGGAGAAAAUCCGAGAGAAUACGGCUGGGUGGAGUACUCUUUUGGUGUACAUGCUAUGUUCGCGCCUGGAUUCUGCUACUCUUCGUCUCUGGGAGACUCAUCACGGUUCUACUGAAGUCCCACCGUAUGAUAAAGUGAUCGAGUUCCUCCGAAAUCAUUGCUCUGUACUACAGUCGAUCAGCACAUCAAAACCUUCCGUUCCAGAUCACCGACCAACAAAGAUUUCAUUCUGCCGUACUACAGCGAGAUUGCCUGGCAGAUGUCCGUUCUGCAGUGAGUCGUGGCACACUGCUUUCCAUUGCAUGAAGUUCCAACGAAUGAAGGUUCCAGAGAGAAGUGAAGCUGUGAAUAAGAACAUGUUGUGCCGCAAUUGUCUGAGCUCUGGUCAUUAUGCACGAUCUUGUGAUAAAGGAGUCUGCCAUCACUGUCGUCAGAAACACCACUCCAUGCUGCACAUCAACCAGGUAAGAUCCUCCGUUCCAACCCCGCAGACGAAACCAUCGGCAGCAAACCAACAUCCACAGACUAAACCACCAACUCUGAACCAACACGCCCACACACAAUCAAGCAACACACCUGCUACCUCUGCUAGCUCGCAGAUCAUACAUACUCCGUCCACCUCACAAAACGCCACCACCAGCCACAACUUCGUUGCACUUCCCAAUACACCAACACACAAUAUUCUAUUAUCAACUGCUCUUGUGAAACUAUCGGAUCGAUUCGGAAACUCUGUACUAGCUCGAGCAUUGCUAGAUUCGUGUUCUCAGCAUUGUCUCAUGUCUAAAGAGUUCUCAACGAAGCUGAAGUUCGACGAGUUGUCAUCAUUUUUAGCUGUCCAAGGAAUUGGGUCAGCUCGUUCGUUGUCCACCAAAUCUGUUCAGGCAGAAUGGAUUCUUCCGGAGUCAACCCUCAUGGCGGAUCCACAAUUUCACGAAACUGGUCCUGUUGAUGUCAUCAUCGGAGCAGAAUACUAUAUGGAUUUGCUAAAGGAAGGCCAACUGAAGGCGACAAGUGAAGGUCCCACAUUGCAGAAUACCGUUUUUGGCUGGAUCGUAUCUGGUCGAGUUCCCAAUACAUACUCUUGCAGACUAUCGUCGGUGACCCAUGCGUGUUCCACUGCGGAUAUUCAAGACCAGCUUACCAGGUUUUGGGAACUGGAAACAUGCCGCACCAGAAGUACGCACUCCCUCGAAGAAUCUGCAUGCGAAGACCAUUUCGAGAAGACAACAGUGAGAGACAGUAAAGGUAGAUUUGUUGUCACAUUACCCAAGAAGGAAUUUGUUAUCAAUCAGCUUGGCGAAUCCAAAGAGAUAGCAGUACGACGUUUUGCGGGAUUGGAGAAAAGAUUUGCUGCGAAUCCGCAGUUGAAGCAGCUGUACACCGAGUUCAUCAGCGAGUAUCAGAACCUCGGUCAUAUGGUGGAAGUCGUCAACGAAACAUCGAGCGGUAUAGAAUAUUAUUUACCUCAUCAUGCAGUCUUGAAGCCGGACAGCACAACUACGAAGCUGCGAGUAGUCUUCGACGCAUCUUGCAAAACGAGCACAGGUGUGUCUCUCAACGACGCCUUGAUGGUGGGUCCGGUAGUGCAAGACGAUUUGCUGGACAUCAUUCUACGAUUUCGAUUGCAUCGGUACGCGAUAGUGGCAGACGUCGCAAAGAUGUAUCGCAUGGUGAAUGUUACAGCAGAUGAUCAACGACUUCAAAGAAUUCUAUGGCGAAGUUCGGUAGAAGAGCAGUUACGUACGUACGAACUAACGACAGUAACGUACGGUACAGCGUCUGCACCGUAUCUAGCGACGAAGUGCCUGCAGAAAUUGGCGGAAGAAGGAAGACAAACGCACCCGGUAGCUGCUAAAGUGCUUAAGCAGGACUUCUACGUCGAUGAUAUGUUGACAGGUGUAGACAACAUUGAAAGAGGGAACCAGUUCGUCGGUGAUAUGAUUUCAUUGACUAACUGUAAGGAGAUUCUAAUGAACGUGCCGGAGAGUUUGCGUGAUGAUCGUACGAUUUUAGAGCUAGACUCGGCGAGUUGCGCAGUAAAGACUUUGGGUUUGGUUUGGGAACCCGGUACGGACACAUUCCGGUUCAGUACACCGAAGUGGAGCACAGGUGUCAUCACGAAGCGAGCUGUUCUCGCUGAUGUGUCCCGUUUAUUCGAUCCGUUGGGAUUAGUCGGUCCCGUAGUAAUUCAGGCCAAGAUCUUUAUACAAGACUUGUGGAUGCAAGAAUGCGGAUGGGAUCAGCCACUGGGUGAAAGGCUGCAAGAACAGUGGCAAGAGUUAAGGCGGAAUUUGGCCGGCCUGGAAGGACUAUCCGUACCACGGUGGACGGGAAUCGGCAGUCACGUUGUAUCAGUAGAAAUCCACGGAUUUGCGUCCGGGAAGGCCUACGGGGCAUGUAUCUACAUUCGAACCGUAGCCGAUGGAGGAGCGGUCGAUGUGCAUCUUUUAACGUCGAAGUCCCGUGUUGCCCCAUUGGAAAAUUUGAACAAGAAGAAGAAGAAACAAUCGAUUCCGCGCUUGGAACUUUCGUCGGCAUUGUUGUUGGCACACGUUUAUGAAAGGGUGGUGAACAGCAUUCGCAUCAAUGCUAAGGCAUACUUUUGGACGGACUCGAUGAUCGUCAAGUGCUGGCUUCAGUCGCCACCAUCUAGGUGGAAGCAAUUUGUAGCAAACCGUGUGUCAGAAAUCCAGCACAUUACAAAGAAUGGAACUUGGAACCAUAUCGCCGGCAUCGAUAAUCCAGCAGACAUAAUUUCACGGGGUAUGACUCCAGCGCAAUUGCAGUAUCAAUCUCACUGGUUCAGAGGACCCAACUGGACCUUUCAUGAGAAGGUACACUGGCCGAUAAGCCAGCAGAUCCACGAAGAAGAAAUCGAGUCGUCAGUGUUGGAAGAAAAGGAAACGGUGACAGUGGUUCUUCAAGCAGCACUGCCCAGCGAAGUUUUCAGUCUGCGAUCAUCAAUGGUGGACCUGACCAGACUAGUUGCUUUGAUCCGUCGAUUCCGCUUUAAUGCUCAAGUUGCUAAUCGAAAUUGUCGCAAACUAGGAACCAUUUCGUCCGAAGAGCUCGACGAUGCUGUUCGGUCAUUAGUUCGUUUGUCACAGGAAGAAUGUUAUCCGCAAGAGCUGAUAGAUGUCGCACGGGCACACCACGUUCGUUCUUCGUCUAGAAUCGCAUCAUUGAACCCUCGACUACGCGAAGGGAUACUUUGUGUCGGCGGCCGGUUGCGACACGCUUCUGUUUCAGUUGACCGCAAACAUCCAUUCAUCGUAGAUCACCGACACCCUCUCGCCAUAGUAAUCGCCAGAUACUACCACCAGAAAUUGUUUCACGCCGGACAGCAGCUGACGAUUUCAACCAUGCGAGAGCGAUUCUGGCCUACGAGCGUCCGAAAUCUGGUCCGGAAAGUCAUUCACAGUUGCGUGGCGUGUUUUCGAACGAAACCUAAGGUUCAUGAACAGCUGAUGGCAGAUUUACCACCAGAACGUGUCACCCCCUGUGCUCCAUUCCAGAGAGUCGGAGUGGAUUAUUGCGGACCGUUUUACGUCGUAUAUCCUCACCGCAAACGCCAGCCGGUGAAGUGUUUUGUAGCGAUUUACGUUUGUCUGGUUACAAAGGCUGUGCAUCUGGAAUUAGUAGCAGAUCUUACAACGCAGGCAUUGUUGGCAUCUCUCAAGCGGUUUGCAGCCCGGCGCGGAAAGCCGGACCUAAUUAUGUGCGACAACGCCAAAAACUUUGUCGGCGCUAAACGAGAAUUAGACGAACUCCGUUCUCUGUUCCUAAAUCAGCAGUUUCGAGACAUCGUAGAGAAGGAGACAGCCAGUGAGGAUAUACAAUUUCGGUUCAUUCCAGAACGAUCGCCGAACUUUGGAGGAUUGUGGGAGUCUGCAGUCAAGUCCUUCAAAACGCUCUUUAAGCGCACAAUCGGUUCCCACAGUCUGAUCUACGACGAGAUGCAGACCGUACUGGUGCAGAUAGAAGCUAUUCUAAAUUUCCGCCCGCUGACCCCACUCAGUAAUGAUCCAGACGAUUUUGAGGCUCUGACCCCUGGUCAUUUCCUCAUUCAGAGGCCAUUAGUAGCGAUUCCGGAACCCAAUCUAACUGAAAUCCCGGAAAAUCGGCUAUCAGCAUGGCAAAAGAUCCAGCAUUACACUCAGGAACUUUGGAAAAAGUGGACACGCCAGUACCUGUCAGAGCUACAGAGCAGAACGAAAUGGACCCAGCAGAAGGACAAUGUAGCAGUCGGAACGAUGGUGGUUCUUAAAGAAGAGAACUUACCGCCUCUAAAAUGGUUAUUGGGACGAGUGACUGAGGUACACCACGGACCAGAUGGCAACAUUCGAGUAGUCGAUGUGCGUACAACAAAUGGCAAUUAUACCAGGGGGAUCUCCAAGAUCUGUAUAUUGCCAAUUCGAGACAAUUCCAAUCUAUCAUCAGAGGAGAUCUAG